AUGUCCGAUCAUGAGGACGAAACAGACGAGGUUUCCUCAGACAUCCUUGCCACGCGCCACGCCCAUGUGGACCCCUCAGCUAUGCUACGCGACUUGACCGACUUGGCCAACGAACUACACCGCGUAGUGUCCAGGCUCUCUCCUCACAUUUUGAACGGUUCGGAGCGGAAAGAGAACAUUCUGUCUAUCAUCCAGAAGGUGUCCUCACCUACCCCCGCAAAGUCCAAGAUCGACCUGCCUGCUGAUGUCGCACCACCUUCAUACCUGCCUAGGGUAUCCGCCGGCAUUAUUGGAGGUACUGGGUCGGGCAAAAGUACGCUGUUGCAGGCUUUGAUCGGGGAGAAAGUCUCUCCGACUAGCUCUAAUGGGAGAGGAACCGCGUUCCCAACCAUGAUCAUGUAUCACGGCCAUGACUAUUAUAAAGCGUCACUCACUUUUAUGGCGCUGGAGCACGCACGGACCCUGGUCGAGAGCGCGUUUGACGUGAUUAAGCCCGACGAGAAUGGUCGCUCCAUGUCUUUGACAGAUCUCCAGAAGGAUCCUUCCUAUGCAUUCGUCAAAGAAGCGUUCGGAGCCGACAAACGGGACUUGCAGCUCAUCGUAGACAACAAUGCCAACGAGGAGGAAGACAAGCAUGCAGAACGGUUUCUUCAGCAGUUUCCAGAUAUUAUGGAGCUUCUGGGUAACACGAUCCAUAUUCAAGAGAAUGAGAGAAACGUAUUCGAGACACGCCUGAAACCAUAUCUGGGAUCUCAGAAUCGGAAUCAUGUCAAGGGCCCUAAGAAGUGGGCUAUUCUCUCGAGGAGUCUUGUGUGCUGCAGAGCGAAAGGUCUAUCUAAGAACGCUCUCAUCGUUGACAUGCCCGGUCACGGUGAUCAUAGCACCACUGUUCUACGGGUGACGGCAGACAUGGAGUCAAAACUUGACGUCAAGUUCGUCGCUGUGCCACCCGUGCGCGCGACGAAUGAUCGAGGUGUCAAUGACUACAUGGGCGAGGAGAUCGCGCGGCGGAGGAAUACAAAUCUUGACCAAGAGACUUCUGCCAGCUCCAGUAGGCUGGCUGUCAUCUUAACACAGUGCGAUGCGCUCGAUGACAAAAGUGUUUGCAAACUUGAAGCGGAUAGUGAUGUUGGCCCAGUAUUAGACGAUGACAUGGAGUUCCAGGCACUCUCGGCUAAGAUUGUCGAGGCGAUGAGUCAACUCGAGGAGAAGCAAUCCGACUUGAAGUCACUUCGGGAGCUAGAAGAUCGCAUCGGGCCCGACGGGCAUGAAGAUGCUUCGAUCGAUCAUACUGUGAUUGGGUCAGGUGCCGUGAAGCGUGGUUCUCAGCGCGGCUCUCAUCCGCCCAAAGCCAAGCGGAUCAGACUUGACACUUCGGGCGAUUCCCUCUCCACGGAUAUUCAUGAAAGCGCGGACGACAAGGAAUCUGACAUACUUGCUACUCUGGUCGACGUCAGGGCUCGCCGCAAACAGGCAGAAGCGGACGUGGAGGCGUUGAAGACGACGGUUGACCAGAGCUGCUCGCAGCGUCGGCUUUGGGCUUGGAACACAAAAUACUCGCUCAUUGCCUCCGAUCUUCGUCGAUUGUUCGAACAUAAGCUGCACGAAACCACCCGAGAUACUGACGGUGACAUCAAUAUGGAAGGCGGACCGAAGAACACCCCCCUUCCUGUGUUCGCGACAGCUGCCGACGAUUUCAACAACUUGAAGGACAACAUCGAGCUCGAGCAACAGACGGGGAUCCCCGCACUUCGAAAGUUCAUCUACCACAUAGGAGCUCGGGCCGAGAACCAAGCGAUUCUUGAUCUCCUUCAGAAUUUCCGCAUGGCACUCCAGUCAACAGUCACGUCCUUGAAUGCUGCCGGCCGCGAAAGCAUGGGAGAGAAGGCACUGCAUCAGAAAGAGGCCUUCAAGACGCGAUGGGCAAGCCCUAGCUCAGUAUCGGACCCCAAAGCCCAAACAACGACGACUGUUGAACCCGGCCCUUCGUCCACGGCUGCCGAAACGCCCCCCAAAGGCAUUAGAGUCGAAUUAAGUGCUAUGUUUGAGCAGAAGGUUAGAGCGAGAAUCGAAGUAGCGCGUGCCGAUCUCAAGGUGCUUGAAACUGCUUGUGAAAAGGGAGCUGAGGAUGCUAUCUCUGCGGCCAGGGUGAAGGCACAAUCACUGGUCGAUCAAAAGGAGCACUGGGGGAAGCAUCGAGCCGCCAUGAAGAACCGCGGCAUCUACGGGACGCUCGGAAAUUAUAAUGAUACCUUGGCUGAGCCUCUGGUGAACGCUGUGAAGCAAGCUUUGAGGACCUACAGUAGCCAGAAGAUAUUCGGCGGCCUCAAGCCUGUUCUCGUCAAAACGGCCGACGAUCUUCUUCGACAGGUGCACGAGUCUACGGUGGGUUACGAGCACGAUGUGAUACAGGGAGUACAGGCUGCCACGACAAGAUGGAGAUCCAGACUAGAUUCAGAGAUCCGCAUUCUUGCAGGGAUUGUAGACUCGGUGAUAAAAGAAACCGACUAUCUACCCCUCUCAAGCACCGAUUUCUUCAGCGACGCGGUCAUGGAUCAUUUGCGCAGCACCUACUCCGAAGCUGCUUCUUUUCGAGGUCGAGGAAGCGUUGAACGGAUGAAAGUCCACUUUGUCGACGCAGUGAACAGUAAUAGCGCGGAUAUGUUCCACGAGAUGACGAAGACUUUCAUCGGACGUCACGCUAAGCUACUCGAUCGACUUGAAUUCAAGAUUCUGAAACGAUUGCGUCGCCUCUCCGAGAAGUGCGAAAUGGAGGUCUCGAACGCAUGGUUCAUCCCAGCCAGCAACAGGUACCAGCUCAGACAUCGCGCUGAAGCUGUGAAAGACGUCGAUGCUAUCGAACGUCGUUUGGAGAAGUUGGAGACUGACCUCGUGAAUGAUAUGGAGGAAUCUGAGAGGGACGUCCCAACAUGUUACCCUCCUUGUGGGCCUCCAAUUGGAUUGAUAUAG